UGGCCGCCGAGUACUGGCGGCAGCUGGUACCGGAGCCGUCCGCUGCCCUCGUCCCGUACAGCGGCAGCACGCUAAAAGUGUCUCCCGCAACCUACCCCACGAAACCCUUCCUGGAAGGGCGCAUAUUCAAGAGGGAACGCGACCCUCGAGAAGCCGAUAAUGAUGUGUAUGUGUGUCCCCCCGUUGUGUGUGAUGUCUGUGUUCAGACUUGUCCUAACGUAAUAGCCGAUGUCGGCGUCCAGACCCAGAUGGCGAAGCACUCUGCUGAGGUUCAGUAUGGUGGCGAUCCAGCGCAGACGGCGGAGGUCCGAGGAGGAGCUGUACGAGUCCGCCAGGAAAAGGGCGAGACACGUUGAGACCAGGACCCAAGCCACCAUGACAGUGGACAACACAGGACCCACAGAGCGAGAACAGUUCUACCUGGAGCAGAUUGAGUCUCUGCAGAGGGAAAAGAUCAACCUCCGCAAGGGUCACGACAACGAAAGGCGCGACUCCUUGCAGCAGCACAGCGACUUAGAGGAAGAGAUGGAAGCAGUGAGACAACAGUUAGAGGAGGCCGAGCGCGACAAGUGCCACCUCUUGUUCCGUCUUGAAGAGGCUCAGGAUGAGCGCGACGAAAUCAAGAAGAAUUUACUAGUCAGAAUAGAGGAGCUGAAGGGCGACAUGUCCCGCUAUAACGAUCUGUACGAGCUGGAGAAGAAGGCUCUCCGCCGGGAGUACGAGGCUCGCCUCGCGGAGCAGGAGAAGGAGCGCGGCCGCCAGGACGAGCGGAUGCGGCAGCUCGAGCACCAGCUGUCCACCUUCAGGCAAGAACUGGAGAUCGUCGGAGUCUCCAUCGCGGGCGACCUCGUGGAGUACGACACGGGCUGCGAAAGCGUCCUCGGCUCGGGCAGGAGGUCGUCCGCUAGGUCUGGGGACAGCGACGGAGAGCUUGUGGAGAAGAUCAGGGAGCUCGUCAAGUCAGAGACGGCCCUCAGGCAGAAGAUUUGCGAUCUGGAGAAAAAGGAGUGUGCUUAUCGCGAAACCAUCCGUGAAGCAGACAAGAUCAUGUCCAGCCAUGUUACUCGUACAAGCAGAGGAUAGAAGAGCUGGAAGCCUCGAUGGAACAGCAGUCCUCCAAGAUCCAGCAGCUGGAGGCCUCCGAGGAGCGCCUCAGAGCCAACCUGAGGAACAACUCCAGGUCCAGUGACGGCGCGCGAAUCUCCGACCUCCUGGACCGCCUGA